AUGACUAGCACCCUUGACCCGGCCAACUACAGCGUCGGCGUCGGCUCCAUUCACAUCACCGAGCUGCAGAUGCACCAGGUGGCGGCCGUCUUUGUGCACCCGCAGUACCAGCGCAAGCAGAAGUUCGACAUUGCGCUGAUGAAGCUGGCCACGCCGCUCGCCUUCAGCACCAAGAUCAAGGCCGUCUGCCUGCCGGAGUACUCCUUUGAGCCGCUGAACGCAAAUAAGGCGCGCGUCAUCGGCUGGGGCUACCACCACUUCAAGGUGAAGAAGGUCUCCGCCUCGCUGCAGGAGGUCGACCUGGACGUCAUCCCGCUGGAGCGCUGUCGGACGAUGUACGAGCCCAUCAAGCAGGACAUCAUUCGCUCGCAAAUCUGCACCUGGUCGGACCGCAAGGAUGCCUGCAGUGGAGACAGUGGCGGACCGCUUUUUGUGUACCUGCAGGACAAGGCCGUCCUCUACGGCAUUGUCUCCUUCGGCGUGACCUGUGCAGAUGAGUUUCCAGGUGUGUACACCGCUGUGAGCUACUACCUCAACUGGAUGAACAAAAUCAUGACGCAAAAUUGA